AUGCCCUACACGAAGGUCGACGCCCUCGUACGAUUGCAGGCAAAGGGCCAAAGCCUCAUGCAAAGCAAGCAUGUGUUUGAUCAGAUACGUGACUAUCUCCGUACCUGGCUGGCGGAGCGUCACGUCGAUCUCAGCAUCAAAAGCAUCACGCAGAAUAAACUUGGUCCAGAUCUACACAAAUUGCGACAAGCUGAUGACUUGCCAGACGAGGUAAAGGAGCUGAAUCUUGACGAGGAUGACUGGCGUUUCGUCAUCGAACCGGCAUAUAUUACCUUGUCCGACGCCUUUAAACACCGCAAAGAGGCAAGGCCCAAGAAACGCCGGCGAGAAAAAAGCGACUCUGAGAUCCAGUCCCAAAGGAAGAGUAAAUCUUCCACCACACAGCUGACUUCUCAUGACCGUUUCAAUUUCACCGUUCGCGUGGGGAAAAAUGACGUUAAGACAACGAGUACUCCUCUCUGGGCACUCAUGCAAUCCUGCCAGGCCACGGGUGAACUUGAUCUGGUCUUCAAAUUGUCAUAUAGUCAAACCAUGAACCUUAUCCCUGCUCGACUGGGAUUGGACAUGAGCAAGCAGUGGGAAAUUUAUUAUGAGGAUAUAGAAAACCCAACAACGACCAUUCCCAUCCAGGACGAUCAAGGUCUCCAGUUUGCUGUUCGAGACAUGAUCAGCGGUCCUUCAAACCCUCCUACCGGCCAGCGUCCCAAGUAUGAGUUUCAUCUUAGAGAAGUUGGGCCUACAAAGAAGCGGAAAGCCGAACACUCUGACAGCCAAACCGAUCACCAUAAUAAGAAGAAAAGUCUACGUCUAGCACCAAUGAACUAUUUGACAAGUGAUCUAUCCGAUAUAAUCCCCACGCGUAAUCGCCAUCGUGGUCGUACAGACGAGAUGAACACCCAAAACCAGCCGAAAGCGUUAACCAAGCGGGUGCAACCGAUGAUAGAUGCUCACAAGAAGUCUAAGCCCUCUCUUCAAGCGGGCUAUGACCCAGACGAUGAAGGCUCCUCAUCCGACAGAUUACUGCUUUUCCCAGCGAUAAACCCUUCUCGUUCGACAAGGGUGCGCAGGACGGAGAAUGCUGCUCCUGUCAACGAUAAUCCUCCAUCCGAUAAGAGUGCGCUGAACAGUGUUCCGCCAAAAAUACAGAAUACCGAUCGAUCUCAUCGACGAUACACUUCCUUCGUCGGAUAA